AGCGUAAGAGAGAGAGGAAGUCUUGUUCUAACACUUAUUUAUUUAGCUUUUGUAUUGAUAUCUGUUUGAAUUCUGCAAGCGACAAUGUGGAACAAUGACAAAAUCGAAUAUAUGGACACAUCGGAAACCCCGUUAUACUGGUAUUACCUGGCUGACUGUGGAAGGUGGCACAGAUUUGAGGAUGACCCUGAUAACCCCCUGAGGAGUGAGGAUGUUGAAAAAUAUUACCAAAGAAACUCAAAAGCGGUGAUAAAUUCAUCUUCAUCCAACUGUCACAGCAGGAUCGAUUUCUCAGCAAUGGUUCACACUGACAUGAGCACAGGAGGGCGAAGACAAAUCCGACGGGGCUACAUUGAGAGAAGCUGCUCCUGCUUCAACGCUCAUCCUGUAUUCUGGGAAAAGGUUGAUCCUAUUUGUCCAUAUCAGUUAAUCCCUCUGAGUGAAUUCACCCAAGAGUAUCAGACUGUUGCAGAUUACGUGAAGACAGACGGGCUGUUGGACAAAUCCAUUAUUUCAAUCAGCAGGAUACAGAAUUUGGAUCUAUGGGAAAUCUACUGUCUGAAAAAGAAGCAGUUAAUGAGAAUUCAAGGGGUCAAAGAAAUUCAAGAGAGAAGACUCUUUCACGGGACAAAUAUGGAAAAUGUUGACAGCAUUUGCAAGUAUAACUUUGAUUUACGACUAGCUGGACAAGGUGUGUAUGGCCAAGGAAUUUAUUUUGCAAUGCAUGCAACAUACGCUGACCGAUACAGCAUGCACAGCAUGGAUCCACUGCUGCUGUACGGUGGGGAAACACGAAGUGCACCAGGUGAAUUCACUAAAAUAAUAUUUUUGGCUCGGGUGAUGAUCGGAAAGUCAACUGUUGGACAAAUGUAUUUCCGAAAACCUGAUGAUGGAAGCUCUGAAAACAUUCACCACAGCUGUGUGGAUGACAUGAAAAAUCCCAAGAUUUUUGUUAUAUUUGAUCCAAAUCAAAUAUAUCCAGAGUAUUUGAUUCAGUACAGAUGAAGUCAGGAGAAAACCAUGAGCAUAUGCAAUAUC